UUUGAAACCGGAAGAUAGGAAAUUACGUCGCUAUGGUAACGGAUGAAACUGCAACGAUUAUGGUUGUAGCUAUAUGGUUCAAUGGUUUUACCUAGCUAGCUAGUUAGCGUUACUUUAUUGACGUGCGAUGGAGGGGUCCAAUACAUACCUCAUACGACCUAAUCAUCAGUACAAGUUUAAGCCAGCCAUUGUGAAGGAGUGCAUUCGUGAAAUUGUGAGGGAGCGACUGUCUGGGAUGCUGUAUGAUCCAGAGGAGGUCCCAGAGCUGUCCCGUUCACUGGCAGAUGGCAUUAAGGACAAAGUGAAGAAUGCAGGGUUUGACAGAUAUAAGCUUGUCGUUCAGGUUGUCAUUGGAGAACAACGAGGACAAGGAGUCAAGAUGUCUUCAAGGUGUUUGUGGGAUGCUGACACAGACAACUAUGCAGAAGAUGUCUUCAUGAACGACAGCUUGUUCUGUGUGGUGGCAGUUUUCGGAAGCUAUUACUACUGAGGACAAGAGGAUGGAUGACAAUUCUUUCACAUGAAAGCUGUGAGGUGAACAUCCAAAUGAGACUGCUCGCCGUCAGCACUUCGGGUCCACGGUGCGUUGAUCUGAAGUAACUGUAAAUGUAUUUGGUGCAUCAAGACAGAUGAUAUUCAGUGUAGAAGUGAUGGAUGUCCAUGCCGAUACAGUAGUGAUGUUACAUUGAAGGACUUCAACAGGGUUUACUGACUUGGCAAGAUGAUUAUUGAAGACUGAGGCCUCUUAGAAAAGUUACUUGUUGUUCACUUUGAAGGGUUAACAGAUUAAACAUGUCCCCACCAAUAUUUCCAGAAACAUUUAAUGUCUAUUCAGCAGACCUGCUAGAUUAACAGAAUGCUUGUAAUCACAAUUGAAUGUACUGCAGUACAGUGCGUAUUUAUACUAAACUUUGGGUGCUUGACUUAGCACAGCAGCUACAGUAGAGGUCAGUAUUUGUCUCUGAUUGUCAACUUCAUUACAGGUUAUUACUGUCGAGAUGAGUAGAAAGCAACACGCGCACCACUUGCUUUAUCUCCUUUGUAGUGCAGGGAAUUAAUUCCCCCAAAGUUUAGUCAAAACAAAUCAAUUUGCAUUUUGUUUUUCUUGUCUUUGUUUUCUUUUUUUCCACAUGGCCAUAAUACAUAUUUCAUGCGUGGAGGACUUGGGCCUAGCAUGAAAAUGAGGACAGUAUCUGUCACACAUACAAGAAACAGAUUUUUUUAAUGGUUUUUCCAUCAGAAAUAUCAAAUAUUGAUCAAUUUUGAUUAAAUAUGUUAUUCCUUUUGAAGCAGUAGUUUGAUGUAGCACGACGGACAUUUGUAUUAUUUUUUUACAAUUGUAAUAAAAUAGCGUUGCUUUUAUACAUGGUGUUUUGCUUUAAACAUGUACUGGACUUAUUUAUGAUUGCAGUACAGCUUGGAAUCAGGGAUGGUAGUGAUUACAAAACAAAAGGGUGUAGGAAAGAUUAUACAGUAGUGAUUGUGCUUGAGGCAGCUAAUUGAAAGCUUCUUGCUAUUGCCAUUUAUUCAUUAACCCCAUUUGGGAAUUGUAAUGUAAUUGAAAUCUAAGUGAGAGGACCACAAAAUCAUUCUCACUGCUUGACGCCUGUCCCGUAUUGCUAAUUUUUCCGCAACAAAUAGAAUAAUGAAAUACUUUUGGACAAGGUGUAUUGGCAGGUUAAAACAUUUUGGCCUUACACACUCAGGCAGCAAAAAGCUGCAUGCCUUAGUGUCUGGGUGAAAGAGAAAGUCUAUGUCACAGUAAAAUGUUAUUAAAAAACAAGAUGUGGGAUUCAAACUUCUACUCUUGGUUCCCAGUAAACAUAGGCAGCCUAGACAAGUGACAUGACUGAAACUUUCUGUUAAAAAUAAAUGCAACUGCCAAGCCAACUUGAAACAGAUGACAUUUGAUUGCAUUUCAAACUGUUUGUACAGGCUGGAAUGAGAGCUGUCAGAGUAAAUCUAUUUUAGCUACUUUCUCUUGAAGGUUAACAUGAAUUUGUUGACCUUUUCGCCAGCUGAGGACAGAAAAAUACUAUAUUAAAUUCUUUAUCCUACUUGUUUUAAAUGAUCACCAUCAAUUUAUUUAAUCAGAAUCCACUGUAAGUAGGUCUAUUUAUACAGAUUAUAGAUAUAGUGAAGGGGUGUUUCACAUCAGUGGAUCUUUGGAGCACACCAGACUAGGGUUGGGUACCUUUCGCAUCUGAACCAAUACCACUACCGAUACCGGUACCUGGAAUUCGGUUCCGGUACCCAACGUUACUUUUUCGGUACUUUCCCUCUGUAAUUACAAAAAAAAAA